GGCGUUCCGAUGUGAAGUACUAGUCGGUUUGCUGGCUCACAGCGACGUGAUACCAGCCAGCUCUGAGAAAACCGCGCAUUUAGCCGACUUCUGCGAACUAGGCGUCUUGACCGGUCUCCAAGAAGCUAAACGCCCUCAGCUCUGCAUUCCAGAGAUCCUUCGGUGGCGCGGGCUGUUUCAUCAUGGCCUAUAAGCUUUUGCGACGGAAUUGGAGGUCGACGAGGGCCAUGUAUUUUACGAUGAUAGCGGAGUUGUUAGGGACCGUAGGCGUGUUGGUCAUGUUCGGAAUUUCGCAACCGGAUCUAUACCGAACCAAGUUAUGGCGGGCCGGCAGCGAACUUGGAUUCAACUCGAGCCCUAACGUUAUCCUAUGGGCGUACGCCAAUUACCAGCCUCAACCGAAGCUACCCUUCGUGUGGUCGCAGACAUUGACCAACUUCAAUGUCGCCAUAUCUGUUCUCAGUCUAUUCCUCCUUCUUACCAAGCUCAUCGCAUUUAUUAUGCAUGUCUGGUUCCCGAUCAUCGCAUUGAUCAUCAACAUCUCACUUAUAGCAUUAUACUCGACGAGUUUAGCUGGCCAGGCAGGUCCAGACUACCUCGACCCGGAACAUCCAAGCCGUAUUGCUUGGUAUAUCGCUAAACCAUGCACCGUAGCUGCAAACCAGAGCGUACAAGGCUCAUGCCGCUUGGCUAAAGGCGGUUUUGCCGCAGCAUGUAUCAUGCUUGGUAUCUACGCUAUCAACUUAGGCCUAAAUAUCUGGGCUCUAUUGCCAAAUGAGGACGACAGGAAGGAGGUUGUUGACGACGAUGACGAGAGUACGUCUUCGCCAGCCGCUUUGAAAAGGGGAAGCGAAUGGGAGAUGCACGGUGUUCCUCAGACACCUAGGACGGGAACCGUACCGUACACGCCACGAACUAUGGCUUUCAACACGCUCGAGAGGAAAUUACCUCUACGAAAUCAAUACUAAUGAGGAAUCGUAUUCUGUCCCUGGGAAUAGGAGUGCUCUAGUGGACGCGGGAUAACCCCACCGCGCUUGGAAUGAAUGGUGGGCUUAUCAUCUUGCUCUGGAAGCGGAUAUUAUCGGGAUGCUAUAAGCACGAAGUCCACGAAUAUUUGGAUAUAGGAGUUUUCUGAAAAACUCCUCUGAAAGGCGCGCUAAUAGGAAGACGUGAUUUGGAUAGGAUACUGCAAAGUAAAGGGGUUAGAAGCAC